GCUUUACAAAUGAAAGAGAGUGCAUUAGAAACUGUUCAGCUAAUUCAGAAAAACUCUACCCCAUGGACGAGACUGAGGCUUGCCACUUGAAAAAGGCUCCAGGUGGUUGUAAUAGUCUGUAUUUGAGAUACUACUACGAUGCUGUCUAUAACAAGUGCAAAAAAUUCUUCUGGACUGGAUGCUAUGGAAAUGGAAACAGGUUCCCUGACCAUGAAACCUGCAAUGCCACAUGUGCCGGAACCCAUGAUUUCUGUCGGCUGCCACAAGAUGAAGGUACAGGACACAGCUUUAUCUUUUCUGUGUCUUAUGAUGCCGCCAACGACAGAUGCAUACCUUUCCUCUACAAGGGUGAAGGGGGAAAUGCCAACCGCUUUACAAAUGAGAGAGAGUGCAUUAGAAACUGCUCUGUUAACUCAGAGAAACUCUACCCCAUGGAUGAGACUGAGGCUUGCCACUUUAAAAAGGCUGAGGGUGGUUGUAGUGGUCAGUAUCUGAGAUACUACUAUGAUGCUGUUCAUGACAAGUGCGAAAAAUUCCUCUGGACCGGAUGCUUUGGAAAUGGAAACCGGUUCCCUGACCAUGAAUCCUGCAAAGCCACAUGUGCCAGCACCCCUGAUUUCUGUCGACUGCCUCAAGAUGAAGGAAGUGGAAACCAGUUUAUCUUCUCUGUGUAUUAUGAUGCCACCAAUGACCGAUGCAUACCUUUCCUCUACAAGGGUGAAGGGGGAAAUGCCAACCGCUUUACAAAUGAAAGAGAGUGCAUUAGAAAUUGUUCAGCUAAUUCAGAAAAACUCUACCCCAUGGACGAGACUGAGGCUUGCCACUUGAAAAAGGCUCCAGGUGGUUGUAAUGGUCAGUAUUUGAGAUACUACUACGAUGCUGUCUAUAACAAGUGCAAAAAAUUCCUCUGGACUGGAUGUGAUGGAAAUGGAAACAGGUUCCCUGACCAUGAAACCUGCAAUGCCACAUGUGCCGGAACCCAUGAUUUCUGUCGGCUGCCACAAGAUGAAGGUACAGGACACAGCUUUAUCUUCUCUGUGUCUUAUGAUGCCGCCAACGACAGAUGCAUACCUUUCCUCUACAAGGGUGAAGGGGGAAAUGCCAACCGCUUUACAAAUGAGAGAGAGUGCAUUAGAAACUGCUCUGUUAACUCAGAGAAACUCUACCCCAUGGAUGAGACUGAGGCUUGCCACUUUAAAAAGGCUGAGGGUGGUUGUAGUGGUCAGUAUCUGAGAUACUACUAUGAUGCUGUUCAUGACAAGUGCGAAAAAUUCCUCUGGACCGGAUGCUUUGGAAAUGGAAACCGGUUCCCUGACCAUGAAUCCUGCAAAGCCACAUGUGCCAGCACCCCUGAUUUCUGUCAACUGCCUCAAGAUGAAGGUACAGGACACAGCUUUAUCUUAUCUGUGUCUUAUGAUGCCGCCAACGACAGAUGCAUACCUUUCUUCUACAAGGGUGAAGGAGGAAAUGCCAACCGCUUUACAAAUGAGAGAGAGUGCAUAAGAAACUGCUCUGUUAACUCAGAGAAACUCUACCCCAUGGAUGCGACUGAGGCUUGCCACUUUAAAAAGGCUGAGGGUGGUUGUAGUGGCCAGUAUCUGAGAUACUACUACAAUGCUGUUCGUGAAAAGUGCAAAAAAUUCCUCUGGACCGGAUGCUUUGGAAAUGGAAACAGGUUCCCUGAUUACAGAACCUGUAAAGCCACAUGUGCCGGCACCCCAGGUGGUGGUGAUGACUCAGACACCCUUGAUGGUCUGUAG